GACACGUACUGCGCCCUACGCCGCCACUGAGAUCGCGGACGCCCUUAGUUCUGGUGAACAAAGUUACUUACCUAAAAUUGUGAAUUACUCAAUCUGUGUUUAAGGACUCUUUGGACUUCUAUUGCGAGUUUUGACAAGUUUUCAGGCAGGCACAUGAUGCGGCUUCACACAGAAUAUCGAAGACAUUAAUGAAAACAAACAACUGAAUUUAAUGAAAUCCCUUAACACAAGUAAUACGAUAACAAUGUCGAACAAAACGCAAAUCGUGUUGGAGAAAAUUUUCCAAGAUAUUCUCGCGGCGGCCGGAGAUUCCUCAGAGACCAUCAACCAGUCGCAGAUCAUUUCGGUGCUUCGGAAGCAAGCGGGGAAUGAAGACUUGGAGUCUCUGAUGUUCAAGGUGAUGAGAGACGCUCAGAGCCGCCUCAACCUGAGCUUGAAGCCUGAAGCCUGUGGGUACUGCGCAGGGGGCUUUAGAGAGGUCAUUGAGGCAUAUAAUAGCAUCCAUGGAUACGUCAGCUUACUGGUAUGCACCAUUGGCGUGAUAGCCAACUGCCUCAACGUGGCGGUACUGACUCGCAAAGACAUGGCCGCGGCGCCCAUCAACCGGCUGCUCAAGUGGCUGGCCGUGGCCGACGUGUUCGUCAUGCUGGAGUACGUGCCCUUCGCCGUCUACAGGUACCUGAUACUUCCCGAGAAACUGGAUUUCCCGUACAGUUGGGCGAUGUACCUUCUCUUCCACAUGCACUUCGCGCAGAUAAUGCACACCGCCUCUAUCUGUCUCACUCUCUCACUGGCCAUUUGGAGAUACAUAGCUAUCAAGUAUUCGGAUCGGAGUCACAUACUGUGCACGGAAAGACGUUGCAGCAUAGCAAUAUUGACAUCGUUCAUUUUGCCACCGAUUCUCUGUGCACCUACGUUUAUGGUAUUCGAUAUUCACACAAAGAACGUAACCGAUGCACGUGGUAACCCCGGCAUCGCAUACCACGUCGACCCCGAGUUCAAAGGAACGCUCUACCAAGCCAACUUCUGGGUUCACGGCGUCAUUAUAAAGCUACUCCCAUGUUCCAUAUUGACUAUCAUUAGUAUAUGGCUCAUCCGAGCAUUGUACAGUGCCAAUCGGCAUCAGAAAAACUUAAGGUCCAACACUGGUUGCCCGGCUGCGGAAAAAAUGGUCAAGAGACAGAUGAAAGCCGAUAAGCGCACAGACAGAACGACGAAGAUGCUUCUGGCUGUGUUACUGCUGUUUCUCGUUACUGAACUCCCUCAAGGGAUUUUGGGUUUGAUGAGUGGCUUGCUAGGGUUGUGCUUCUUCAAGCGUUGCUACAACCUGUUUGGGGAGCUGAUGGAUUUCCUGGCGCUGUUGAAUGGGGCUAUUAAUUUCGUGCUGUACUGCUCCAUGUCGCGACAGUUCCGACAGACCUUUAGACACAUGGUGUUGCAGCCGCCACUCGCGCGAUGGUUACCGCCUACGGCGUCUCACUCGGACUCUCACAUUCAAAAUACAGCCAAGACAUCGUUGCCGUGAGGGCGUCGAGCAAAACAGCAGCAGGUUUUAGUGAACGAACAUUUUCUAUGAACGAGAUUCUUGUUGAGUGAUUGUGGAGGUCUGAUGAUGGAUCUAAACUGAAAUAAAUAUGUCAUAUACAAAGAUCUAACCAAGGGGUCCAAGGGCUCCAAGGGUCCAGAGCUGUAUUCGAACCAGCGUCCUCCGGCUAAUUGUGAAUUGUGAAUCAAUGUGAUCGAAUCUUACUUUAGUGAACGUACAGUCUAACCCCUAUUCAUAACGUAGGUACACUAAAGUUAUCAACGCGAUAAAGUUCGUUUGUCGCUUUCUAUCACACCAAUACACGUAGGAAUGGUGUACGUUUAUGAAUAAGGGGAUAAGGAUUUUGGAUUUAAAAAAAAAACCUAUUUAGUGUCAACAUUGUCAGAGUUAUUGAGUUUGUCGUCCGUUUUAUGGCAGUCGCCGAGGAAUGCUUGCUGUUACAAAGUAUGUAUGUACCUAUACAGUGUGUAAAUCUAAUACGGGCGAAUCUCUUAACGGUGGUUAGUAUACAUAAGGAAUGUAAUUGGAUAAAUUGAUUUAGAAUUGUAAUAAAAACUGUAUCCAUAAAAAAUAAACGGUUGUUGACAGUUGUCAUUAACUGACAUUGCAACCAUGCUUACAGUUCAUUGCUGCUGGAAACAUUUUCAAAAGUUCAUUAUGUGGUGGAAAUGAAGAGUAACUUUUUUAACACCUCUUAAUAAUUCGCCCGUAUAAGGCGUACACACUGUAUAAGAGUGACAUUGACAGAAGACACGAUAGAUGAUGUAGAUAUUAGUAUACCUAUUCAUAAGAUAUCCAUGUUUGUCACCUAUUAAUAGCUCAACAGCCGACCUAGACAAAGUUAUCGCUUCGAGAACGAAAUGCUUUGUGUAUCUCAGUCACUCUUCCGUAUUUUUCGUACAGCGAUAGCGACUGUUUCGAUCGAAACGGAGAGAAUUGGUUAGUCGGUGACGUUAGCUAGGCACCCUGACAAAAACUGGGCCAACUUAGGAAAGUAAUACUGGUUUCUAAUACCCUUGUGUAUCAGAAUUAUUACGAAGAAGUAUUUUUGCCAAUUACGAUUGUUCUUGUAAAGAUCAUAAAAAAUUUUGUUUUGAGUAGAUGCCUAAUAGGUAGAGCCUAAAAACAAAAAACAAUUAAAUAAUAAUGACACAAUUUGCGCUCAAUUCCAAUAGCUUAAGUAUUUUUAGCGCAUGUGACUACGACUAUAUGUCUGUAUAAAUCCAUGUUAGAUUUCUAAACGAAGUUGAACAGAUAGGUACAUACAUACAUGUACACUAUUUUAUUUUUUUGUAUUAGAACUAUUAACAAUUUUAGUGUACAAAAUGUAAAAAAAAAAUAGUUAAGACAUUUUAAAUUUCGUCUCUUGGCUCAUUGAAGCGAACAGAUAUUGUUCGGGCACACAGACUUCGGUCCGGACACAUUCCAUUGAAUAAGUUUGCACAUCUGAUGAGGAAAACUGAUUCGCCCAACUCAACUGCAAAGUUUGUGGAACUGUUGAGGAUGUGCAUCACUUCCUUUUGGAAUGUGUCCGGACUCAAGCGAAGAGAAUGCAGCUCUUUGAAAUCUACGGAUACACAAUGACCGACAAAGGGGUGUUCCAUUCAAUUCUCGCGGAACCCGGAAAGACUGCUGAAUUUGUAUAUAGUUUCUUUUAUAGAUAAAUAUACAAAUUCGGUUGUUUUAUUUUCUACUUUUGUUCUGAAUUAUUUUUUAUAAUGAGUUUGUAUAUUUAUUCUUAAUGUUGUGAAGUGGCCUAACGGAGCCGGCGUAGACCCAAGGACCAAGGCUCCAAAAUAUAUGCAGAUUAAAAAAAAAUCGUCUCUGAGUUUUGGUAAUAAUUUAAUUUCUAUUGUGGUACAGUCGGCACCAACAGCUACGAAUGAUACCUACAAUACAACAUUAUUUUUUACAGUGUAGGUCGUCUCUCUCGCUAUAUCGUAAUCCUGCAAAAGGAUUCAUAUACCUCUAUUGGGUUCUAAUAUAUAAACCUCCUUAACUUUUGCCGGUUAUACAAAUUACACCCUGUAUGAAAAACAAUGAAUAUUGGUUGGACGAAUGGUAAAAAAUACUUCUGUAUUAAAGCCUUUGUUGCUGCACUGUACUACUCGUAUUACAUUAGUAGUAAUGUCACAUGUGUAAAGCGAUAUUUUGACCACAAAUGAAAACGGUUGCAAUGCCUAAAUUCAUUAUUUUGAACUGUGAUUGAAUGCUGACUGUGUAUUAAAUAGUACAUUUUAAUAAAUAUUUAGCUAGGCAUGUGUGUUGACAUGUGAAAUAUGUGAAUAUUAGGAACUAGCAUUUGCCCGCGGCUUCGCUCGCGUUUAAUUCGAAAAUUGCGGAAUGCUGCAUACAAACUUCCACUCCCUAUUUUAGGGAAGUGGGGGGUUAGAGACUAAA